CUGAAGUCACCCAUAGAUGAAAUCUCACCCAUCCUGCAGGCUCCAAGGAAACUUGGCAAUUAAUAUAGUGAGAACUGGCCGCUGCCCGAUGGACCCCCAGACGGACGGAGAUCCGGCCUUCGGAGCCGACGUCGUCGUGAUCCGCGAGUACCGAGACUCGGAUCACCGGGAGGUGCGCGAGCUGUUCGCCUCGGGCAUGGGCGAGUACGCGCCUGCCCUGUGCGCCCACGUCCUGCGCCAGCCCUGGGUCCUGCUGGUCCUGUCCUGCACCUUCUGCUUGCUGCUGGCCAGCGCCCGCUCCCUGCUGCUGCCCGUGCUGGCCCUCACCUUGCUCCUGGCCGCCGGGCGCCAGGCCCUGACCUGGGCCUGGGGCCUCUACAUCGCCCGCUGCCUCGGGGAGGACCUGCUGGACGUGCGGGCGGCCUACGCGGAGGAGGCCGGCGGCCGCUUCUGGGUGGCGGAGGCGGGUGGAUGGCUGGUGGGCACCGUGGGGGUGAGGCCGGCCCGGGGCGAGGCCCGGGAGCUGGCGCUGAAGCGCCUGACGGUGCGGAGGGGCUGGCGGGGCCGGGGCAUCGCCAAGCGGCUGUGCCGGACCGUGCUGGACUUCGCCCGCCGCCGGGGCAGCCGCGCCGUGGUGCUCCGCACGGUGGUCGUGCAGCACGACGCCCGGCUGCUCUACGCCGGGCUGGGCUUCCGGCCGGGCCCGCCCCAGCUGCUGCCCACCGUCUACGGACGCUUGGCCAACUUCACCGUCACCCACUUCCGGUACGACCUCGACCCCACGGACUGAGCUCUCCGGCCCGAGCCCCCUCCCCGGCCUCCCCUGGCCCCCCGCACGGAGAGGGUGAGGGUGGAGGGGCGGUGGGCACCCAGGGGAGGGCAUAGGUCAACCCCGGGGGCCUGGGCGGGCUCCGGCUGGGCAGGGCCGAAGUCAAGGACAGCUCUGCCUGGUUGGACUUGCAACUCACAUCCACUUCCCGGCCUUGAGCUGGGCUGGGGGCUUCAGGGGAGGGCGGGGUACGUUUUUUGGCCGCCUGGUGAAAGCCAGCCCCCGGGGUCGCCGCAGCUGCCAGGCCCCGGCUUUGGGGUAGCCCGCCCGAAGGUACAUCUCCCUCCGACUUACCCCACUGUGCGGUAGAAAGAUGCUACGCUCCUAAGAAUCUUCUCCUAAUCCUCCCCCUCCUCACGCCCCUGUUGUUCUGUCUCUGGUCUGAGAUCACCAGAGCAGGAUUCAUUCAUUCAUUCAAUCGUAUUUAUUGAGCGCUUACUGUGUGCAG